UAUUUACUCUGCUUUACUACAAGUCUAUAAAAUUCCGAAAGACUCUCUGUUCUUUCUUUUAGUAUUAAGUACGACUUUCAAAAUGGAUCACGGGGAAACACAGCAGCGUAAAACUCACCCCAAGGAACGAACCAACUUUAUUUCAAACAUAUUCUUUAUUUACGCCAUCAAACUUUUCAAAAAAGGGUUCACACGAGACUUGGAAGAGAGCGACCUAUACGACGUUCUUUCAGACUACAAAUCGAAGAAACUAGGGGACCAACUCGAACUAGAAUGGGAGAAACAGAAGAAGCGGCGGAAAAAUCUAUCAAUAGUUCGCCUCCUGUUAAGUUGUUACGGGUUCCCGUACCUCCUUCUAGGUUUUAUGCAGUUGUUCAUCAACGUGGUAGAAAUAAUAGUCCAGCCGUAUGCUUUGGGCAAACUAGUUUUGUAUUUCUCGCCAGACCAAACCGAACUUACGAAGACAGACGCUUACUACUAUGCUGCCAUAGUCAUUGGACUGAACUUCUUCCAGCGGGUGUACAAGCACAACUAUUACCUCCUCCUGGCCGGAUUUGGGAUCAAAACUCGGGCCGCCUUCUGCUCCUUUAUGUACAGAAAGGCGCUGAAGCUGAGCCCGGCCCACAUGGAGGACAUCUCGAUCGGGAAAAUCGUGACUCUGAUUACCAAAGAUGUCGACACGUUUGAACUUUUCAUCGACUUCGGCAACGACAUUUGGAUCGGAAUCGUCAAAACGAUCGUGGUUAGUGUGAUUUUUUACAUCAGGAUCGGCUGGUCGGCGUUCUCCGGAGUCGGGUUUUUCCUCCUAGUUUUGCCCCUACAAGUGUGGCUCGGUUCAAAAAUCACCGCCAUGAAGAUGAACAUGUGUAAGAAAACCGAUGAAAGGCUACAAAUGACACAAGAAACUCUAUCAGCUAUUAGGAUUAUCAAAAUGUACACUUGGGAAAAGAUUUUUGACGGCAAGAUUUCCCAAGCCAGAAAGAAAGAAGUCUACACGACUUACAAGAUCUUCUUUGUGAGAUUUUUGAUCAUAGUGAUUGGGAGUUUAAACUCCCACAUAGCUUUUUAUUUAAUUCUGAUGACCUACAUCUGGUGUGGUAAUGUCAUAACCGCGGAAAUCGUCUACUUUAUCAUGGGCACGUUCCAAAAUCUGUCCUACGGUCUGGCCAUCCUGUUCCCCAUCGGCGUCUACCAAACCGCUGAACUUAAAUCGUCAAUCAAGCGGAUUGGUCAAAUCAUGAAAGCGGCAGAAAUUCAAUCAGAGAAAAUCCCCAACACCGAAAUCACAAUUUUGCCCAAAAUCAACAUGAAAAAUGUUACUGUCUCAGUCCGAGAUGCCAAAAUCCUGCAAAACGUUACUCUGAAUAUUGAAAAAGGGCUAACUCUCCUCACUGGUCCUGUAGGAAGCGGCAAGUCAUUCCUCUUGAAGACGAUCCUGCAAGACUACCAACCUGAAAAGGGAAACUUGAUGGUCCAAGGCACCGUGUCUUACGCCUCCCAAGAACCCUGGCUUUUCCCGUCCUCAAUCAAACAAAACAUUUUAUUCGGCCAAAAAUACAACGAAAAGCGCUACAACGAAGUGCUGAAAGUGUGCGCUUUGAUCUACGACUUCGAACUAUUGGAAGCCGGUGACAACACCAUAGUGGAGGAUCGUGGAAUAAAUUUAAGUAAAGGACAACAGGCCCGCAUUAACCUAGCGCGAGCCGUCUACAAGGAAAGCGACAUUUACCUCCUGGACGACUCUCUGGCGGCUUUGGACGCCCACGUGAGCUCGUUUAUUUUCAAAGAGUGUGUCUUGGGCUUCCUCAAAGACAAACUGGUGAUCAUGGUCAGUCAUAACGUCGACUAUGUGAAAGACAGCGAUGUUAUCAUCGUUAUGAAAAAUGGGCAAAUCACGCAAAGUGGAAAACUGUCCGAACUUAACACCAACGAGCUGCUGGAAACCGUCGAAGAGAAAAAGGAAAAUGAAGUAUGUGACGAUGAAACCGGCGAAGAGGAAGCAGCAACUGAAGAAACCAAACUGAUGACCGACGCGCCUGUCCAAAGAAAAGUCUACCAAGAACAGAAGCAAUCUGGAGCCGUUAAAACAGCCGUCUACAACAAGUAUAUCAAAUUCGGUGGUGGCUACUUCGUUCUGUUUCUAGUUUUUUGUAUUUUCGUGUCGGCGCAAAUCACGAUGAGUUACACGGACAAGUUAGUGAGUGACUGGGUCAAUUUGGAACAAAAAAUUUCCAACUUCACUAUACAAAAUGCCACGAAUACCACCGAACAGGUGGAACUCUACAGUCAGAAAAACUACAUUUUCUACUUGUAUACAUUUAUGACCAUAGCCACGGGGGUUACUAGUCUGAGUCGAGCAAUUGGGCUUUUGUGGUUCUCACGGAGUGCGGCCCUCAAGCUGCACAAAAACAUGAUCACGACUGUUAUUAACGCAUCAAUGCAGUUCUUCGACACGAAUUUCAUCGGAAAUAUCUUGAACAGGUUCUCGAAGGAUUUGAUUACAGUCGACGAGUCGAUUUUAUUCGCUUUUUACCACGUCUUCCGAGUCCUUUUGGUCAUAAUUGGGAUUGUGGCACUGAUAGCUGGUGUUAACCCCAUGUUUUUGAUCCCCACUGCCAUAUUUCUCUUGAUACUGUUGGUUUUGAGAAGGUUUUGUCUUCGAACUUCCAGGAGUUUGAAACGAUUGGAUGCUUUGACUAGGAGUCCAGUUGUUGGCCACCUUAACGCUUCGCUUGAAGGCUUGACCACAAUCCGGGCGUUCCAAGCGGAAGAAAUUCUCAGAGAUGAGUUCGACCGUCACCAGGAUCUCUACACUUCUGCUUCCUAUAUUCUUCAAAGCAGCAUGAGGGCGUUUGCGUUCACAAUGGACACUUUGUGCAGUUUCUACAUUUCGUUUAUUGUUGUCAAAUUUUUGUUUACCGAUGAUGAUGUUUUGGCCGGUCAUGUUGGUCUCGCCAUAUCACAAGCCUUUAAUCUGACUGGGACUUUACAAUGGGGCAUUCGCCAGUGGGCCGAAAUGGAAAACCGAAUGACUUCGGUCGAAAGAGUAUUGGAAUAUACCGAAAUUAAAAAAGAAAACAAACAAGGCUUGGAAUUAGACAACUGGCCAAGUGUGGGAAUGGUCAAGUAUGAGAACGUUUGCCUGACUUAUACGAAUUCGAACGAACAAGUCUUAAAAAAUAUCAACUUCGUGGCUAAUCCCAAAGAGAAGAUUGGGAUUGUCGGUCGAACCGGUGCCGGAAAAUCGUCGAUUAUUUCCACCUUGUUCCGGUUAUACGAAGUCGAGGGGAAGAUUCUGAUCGACGGUGUGGACACGAAGACCGUCUCGCUUGACUGCCUCAGAGCCAACAUUUCCAUCAUCCCGCAGGACCCCGUCCUGUUCACGGGAACCAUCCGCGAAAACAUCGACCCUACCCAUCGAUACAAAGACGACGAGAUCUGGAAAGCCAUCGAAACGGCCCACUUGAAGAAACUCAUCCCGAGCCUAGACUUUGAGAUCGUUGAAGGAGGCUCGAAUUUCAGUAUAGGGCAAAGACAGUUGAUUUGUCUCGCCAGAGCCGUCAUCCAGAAGAACAAGAUCAUCGUCAUGGACGAAGCCACGGCUAACAUGGACCCGGAAACGGACGCCUUGAUCCACAAAACCAUGGAGGAGAGUUUCAAGGAGUGUACCGUUUUCACGAUCGCUCACAAGUUGCAGUCGAUUUUGCGAAGUGAUAAAGUUAUGGUUAUGGACAAGGGCGAGAUUGUUGAGUUUGACGAACCGACGAAUUUAUUGGAAAAUAAGGACGGGAUCUUCUACAAAAUGGUGGCGAAGGCGGGACUGCUGCCGCAGAAAUAGCUAAUAAAAAGUGUACAGCAACUGUUGUUUUAUUAAAAAAAUACAAAACGCAAAAA